CGCGUCGCUGCCCCGGGCGCAAUUAACUUCCUGCCAAGUCCUGGGGGUGGCUCGACGUCCAUUGCCGGCUUCCCCGGUCAUGGAAGGAGCAUCUAACCCUAGACUCCGGGUAGGCUUGGGAACUAUUAAAACUUCUCGUCCUCCCCGAGUCGGGUCGUCCUGAUGAGCGACUUGUGUGACAGAGAGACAGUGACUCGGCCUUGUCCCGACCUUGUCCAGCCCUCGGAGCAGAACCGUGAACCGUACCAUACGCACUCACGCUCCCACGCACCCACGUCAAGAUGCGCUGCUCCCUGCUGCUGACGUCUCUCCUGGCGUCCGCUGCCGCCGCCUCCGGCCGGCGCAGCCUGGCCCACGUCGGCAAGGGCCACCUGGACAAUGUACUCCAGCGUCGAGCGCCCAACGCCCAUGACCCCCAGAAGCAUAUCGCCGAGCGGGCUGCCAACUCUACCCGCUUCCUGAACUCCAAGACUUCAGGGUUUGCGGUCAACGGCACUGGCAUUCCGGAUGUGAACUUCGACGUCGGCGAGUCGUACGCCGGCAACCUGCCCAUCAGCAGCGAUCCCAACGAGCCGAGCAGCCUCUUUUGGUGGUUCUUCCCGUCGACGAACCAGGCGGCCGAUAAGGAGAUCCUCAUCUGGCUCAACGGUGGUCCCGGCUGCUCAUCACUCGAGGGCCUGCUCCAGGAGAACGGCCCGUUUUCGUGGCAGUAUGGAACCUUCAAACCUGUUCCGAACCCCUGGAGCUGGCACACCUUGACAAACGUCGUCUGGAUCGAACAGCCGGUGGGGACCGGAUUUUCGACGGGCAAGGUCACGGCAACGAGCGAAGAGGACGUGGCCAAGCAGUUCAUGGGCUUCUGGAAGAACUUUAUCCAACUGUUCGACAUGCAGGGCUACAAGGUCUACAUCGCUGGCGAGAGCUAUGCUGGCUUGUACUGCCCUUAUAUCGCCAGUGCGUUCCUCGAUGCCAAGGACACGACCUUUUACGACAUGAAGGGCAUGAUGAUCUACGACCCAUCCGUGGCCCCGGACACCUUGACUGAGCUCGCGCCUGUCGUCUCCUUUGUCGACUACUGGGGUGGGCUGUUUCCCUUCAACGACACGUUCCGCGCCGACAUCCACGCACGCGCCGACAAGUGUGGCUACACCGACUUUAUGAAGGAGUACCUCGUCUAUCCCCCAAAGGGACCGAUCCCCGACGCGCUUCCCGGCAUGGACGAGACGGGAGCCAUCAAACCCGAAUGCUCGGGCAUCUACAACGACAUCUUCUCGGCCAUAUCGCUGAUAAACCCCUGCUUCGACAUCUACCAAGUCGCCACCACGUGCCCCCUCCUUUGGGACGUCCUGGGCUUCCCCGGCUCAUUCGAAUAUCUGCCAGACGGCGCGACCAUCUACUUCAACCGCACCGAUGUCAAGGCCGCCAUCCACGCGCCCGCCGAGGUGAGCUGGAGCUCGUGCGCCAACGAGAACGUCUUCGUCAAUGGCACCGACAGCUCCGACUUCUCGACGCAGAACGGCGUCAUGGGCGGCGUCAUCGAGCGCACUAACAACGUGGUCAUCUCGCACGGCGCCCUGGACAUGAUCCUGCUCGCAAACGGCACCCUGCUCGCGAUUCAGAACACGACGUGGAACGGCGCGCGCGGGUUCCAGUCGCCGCCGACGGAGCCCUUCUUCGUCCCUUACCACGACGAGCCGGCGCUGGCCACGGUGGCCGGGGCGGGCACCUUCGGCACGGUGCACACUGAGCGCGGCCUGACGUACGUGGGUGUCGACCUGGCCGGCCACAUGGUGCCGCAGUACGCGCCCACGGCGGCGUAUCGGCAGCUCGAGUUCCUGCUGGGGAGGGUGGACUGCAUGAACUGCACGAAGCCGUUCACGACGACGGCGGCCCAGCGCGCGGCGCCUCAGGGUUCGAGACGGCGGUAGUGACGGGCGCAAAAUGCGGGCGAGGAAGGUUUUUUUUUUUUUUGGAGCAGACGCCAUGAUCCUUGCUGUCACAAUUCCUUCUCGUGCUUUUAGAGUAGCAGCUAAAGAGUAUACUCGGCUUAGUAAUAUUCUAACGGUCAUCACUUGGACUCGACCGUCUCGUCUGAUAUUCAAGGUUUGGCUUGGGCCAGCAACGUUCCGGGAGUCAGUGUCACCGGUUCGUCUGCCGUGGGAACGCGUAUCAUCGACACUUUCUCUGUGAUACGGCUUAUUUUUCUUCUUCCUUGUUCACG